CUGUUCAUCUCCCUCUUCCCUGUCGCCGUCCUGGCCGGACUCGCCUCCGCCUCCGCGUCGCCCUUCCUCCCUGACAGCGCAUUUCAGGGCAGCACCGGAUCUACGGGGAGGAGCUUGCUGCAGGCCAAGAAUGGCAGUACUGCAACCGAGGUGGCGUUUUAGAGCAUCUUCAGCCGUGCCCUUCAGUCCUUCACACAUAAGCACAUCAUGUUCAGAACAUUGGCCGAAGAAUCUCUGCACCUUGCUCAUAGCAGCCACCGCCUGCCCUCCGAUGCCGUAGACGUGCCCAUCAUGCUAAUCAGUCAAUCACCCAAUCGCAUGCAGGGAACUAGCUUAAUUUCCUGUGGAACUUUUCGGCCGUCUCCUCAAAAAUCUUGCCUACGGUAAGCUUACGCGCAUGUACUACUUUAUGUUCACAUCACUUGAGAAAACCCAGUCGAGGAAAGCAAAUUUAGAAACUUUAACAAAUUGCCCGUCUAGCUCAGUCGGUAAAGCGCAAGGCUCUUAACCUUGUGGUCUUGGGUUCGAGCCCCAAGGUGGGCGUCUAAUUUUUAUUUUUUUGCACUUGUUGACCUUAACAAAAGCUCAUUUUUGCGUUCAUUUUAACUUCGUCAUUUUUGGUGUUGCAUUUAUUUCCUGAUUUACCGUGCAUUUCUUCCAUAAAUAAUCAACCCAUAAAUUUUGAAUAUCUAGGCAUGUUACAUUCACGUAGGUUAUUCGCCAACUGAAAAUCAAAUUGUUAUUUUGCUAUUCUAAAAAAACAAAAAAAAUGUUAUUUUGCUACCUAUUUUAGUUACCUGUUGUAUUCUCAUGUAUAAGCCUUAUUUUUUUAUUAAUUUGGAUUUCUAUUUCUUUGCAAAGAACAUUUUGACAUUAAUGUUGAUUUUUAUUUCUUCUUUUUUGUGUUGCAUUUAUUUCUUGAUUUAUUUAGGCAUUUUUAGAUGAAUUAUUUUAGGUCCGUCCAUUUCUUACAUGUCUAAAUAACCCAUAAGUGUUGAUCAACAUCUUGGCGUGUUACACUCACAUAUGUCAUUCGUCGGUUGAAAAUCAAAAUGUUAUUUUGCUUCCUAUUUAUUUAUGGGUUAUAAUUCUCAUGUAUAAGUAUUCUAUUUUUAUUAAUUUGACUUUGAUUUUGGCUUCCUACUUUACUUUUUGGUGUUUGCAAAGCCCAUUUUGACAUUAAUGUUCCGCAUAGGUUGGUCGAGCGAAACAUUUACAUGAUGUAGGCCUUGUGUUGAAACAUAGGUUUCCUUUGCCUGUGCUUGGCAUCACCAAGCGCAGCUUUGUAGCGGUCGGCACCGCCUUUGCCUCACUGUGCACAUGUGUUGCUACCGCUGUUGCUUCCGCCUGCUGUGUGGGCAUCGUGCCCGGCCCUCGCAAGGCUCCCAGCAGGCCAGCAUCGUGGCCUAUGCUCCGUGCUCCUUGUGGCCAGCAUCGAUAUGGAAGCCAAUGUUGUGCUCCAACUAUGGUCCGUCGUACUCGUGUAUACAUACUACAAUCUUGAUUUUUAUUUCUUCUUUUUUGUGUUGCAUUUAUUUCUUGAUUUAUUUAGGCAUUUUUAGAUGAAUUAUUUUAGGUCCGUCCAUUUCUUACAUGUCUAAAUAACCCAUAAGUGUUGAUCAACAUUCACAUAUGUCAUUCGUCGGUUGAAAAUCAAAAUGUUAUUUUGCUUCCUAUUUAUUUAUGGGUUAUAAUUCUCAUGUAUAAGUAUUCUGUUUUUAUUAAUUUGACUUUGAUUUUGGCUUCCUACUUUACUUUUUGGUGUUUGCAAAGCCCAUUUUGACAUUAAUGUUCCGCAUAGGUUGGUCGAGCGAAACAUUUACAUGAUGUAGGCCUUGUGUUGAAACAUAGGUUUCCUUUGCCUGUGCUUGGCAUCACCAAGCGCAGCUUUGUAGCGGUCGGCACCGCCUUUGCCUCACUGUGCACAUGUGUUGCUACCGCUGUUGCUUCCGCCUGCUGUGUGGGCAUCGUGCCCGGCCCUCGCAAGGCUCCCAGCAGGCCAGCAUCGUGGCCUAUGCUCCGUGCUCCUUGUGGCCAGCAUCGAUAUGGAAGCCAAUGUUGUGCUCCAACUAUGGUCCGUCGUACUCGUGUAUACAUACUACAAUCUUGAUUUUUAUUUCUUCUUUUUUGUGUUGCAUUUAUUUCUUGAUUUAUUUAGGCAUUUUUAGAUGAAUUAUUUUAGGUCCGUCCAUUUCUUACAUGUCUAAAUAACCCAUAAGUGUUGAUCAACAUCUUGGCGUGUUACACUCACAUAUGUCAUUCGUCGGUUGAAAAUCAAAAUGUUAUUUUGCUUCCUAUUUAUUUAUGGGUUAUAAUUCUCAUGUAUAAGUAUUCUGUUUUUAUUAAUUUGACUUUGAUUUUGGCUUCCUACUUUACUUUUUGGUGUUUGCAAAGCCCAUUUUGACAUUAAUGUUCCGCAUAGGUUGGUCGAGCGAAACAUUUACAUGAUGUAGGCCUUGUGUUGAAACAUAGGUUUCCUUUGCCUGUGCUUGGCAUCACCAAGCGCAGCUUUGUAGCGGUCGGCACCGCCUUUGCCUCACUGUGCACAUGUGUUGCUACCGCUGUUGCUUCCGCCUGCUGUGUGGGCAUCGUGCCCGACCCUCGCAAGGCUCCCAGCAGGCCAGCAUCGUGGCCUAUGCUCCGUGCUCCUUGUGGCCAGCAUCGAUAUGGAAGCCAAUGUUGUGCUCCAACUAUGGUCCGUCGUACUUGUGUAUACAUACUACAAUCUUGUCUUCACAAGGCAACACCCUGAGCCACCUAGCCGAAGAGAAAGGGGGUGGGAAAAGCAUGCAUGAGGCGAUGAGCCGGGCGAGAGUCAUGGCAUGUGCCCCUUUUUUGAUAAAGGAGGUAUAUUAAUACCAAGAUGAUAUCAAUUACAUCCGGCCUCUGCAACAACAUAAUGUCUAAAGAGACAUCAAGAAUGCACACAGCCGAAAGAUUAUAAGAAGAAAAAAGGAAACAAAGUCCCCGCCGUAGCAAUUAGAGGCUCACAGCGCCAAGAGCAGUGGUGACGCCACCUAAACUUCGAAAAGGAAUGAAGUUGUUGGCAAUAUCCAAGGCUAGUGGCACCCCCUGUUCACCUUGGAUCCGAUUGGGCUAGUUCGGUGCAGCGAUAUCCAAGAUGUUGAUGGGGGGAUCAUGUCAUUCGUAUUUUGAUGAUUCCAGGGUGCUCUCGCAGUGGAUCAGGUGAAGCAUACAUGUUGAACGAUUGCCAUUUUGUAGCAGUGGUGAAUGGGGUUGACAACAAUGGCAUGUGCCCUGUGGAAGGUGCAAAUGUGGUUUCCUAUCUUUUUCCAUCUAAACAAGGUAUUGUAUAGACUUAUCGUAACAACAAAACUCACAAAAGUUGGUUUUACUAAAAAAUAUAUCUCAAAAAACCAGUUUUCCAAGAUCUCAUGCCUAAUACUUCAAAUUUAAACAACCACGAGCUAGGCUCAUGUUGUACGACAAUUGCACCUUUGUAUCACUUUUCUAUCUUUGUAUGACUUCAACCAGUCGUACAAAGGUUCGAAGUCUCCAGCUGGACAAAACUAAACAAUCUUAAUGGAGCAAUAGCACGCUGAGGUAAACUUGUUCAGAAAUUGAAGCCGCAAAACCUAUUAAAAAAAUCUAAAAGAAGGAUUAUCCCCGGCCUCUGCAUCGUGUGAUGCAUACAACCAAUCUUUAUUACAUUAUUCAACAAGAUCUUACAAAAUAAAUACAUAGAUCAAUCUAAAGCCACAUUCCUGGCAGAAACUAUCGCCCUACUUAUAAGAUUGAUGAUGUGCCAUAAAAAUUUAGGCCACCAAAAUGCAGAGUAUGGGCGGGCAAAAUUGCUCCGUGAGAUCAUGUUGUGUGGUCGUGUGGAAAGAAUUAGACUCGACAUAACGUAUUGCGCUGUCAAGUCAUGGAGGUCGUCGUCGCCUUUGAAGUGCUAGCGGAGACCGUAGGUCUCCAUUUCCGCACCACCACUCCACUAUCGAACAGAGUGCCAACCCAUCUUCGUGGUGCUCGCCCAGAAACCACCCGCUGAAACAGCUCCAGCAGCUUGCAAGCGAUGGCGCUGACCCGUGGGUUCAUCUUCCUCUUCCCCGCCGCCGUCCUGGCCGGACUCGCCUCCGCCUCCGCGUCGCCCUUCCUGUCUGAUAACGUAUUCCAGGCCAGCACCGGAUCUACAGGGAGGAGUUUGCUGCAGACCAAUAAUGGCUGCCCUAUGAGCUUUGAGUCCCAGGACUACACAAUCAUCACAAGCAGGUGCAAAGCGCCACAGUAUCCUCCUAAAGAAUGCUGUGAUGCUUUCAAGGAAUUUGCAUGCCCAUUUGCCGUCUACAUCAACAAUCAAAGCACCAACUGUGCAGACGCUAUGUUUUCCUACAUCAACUUCCAUGGCUCGUACCCAGCAGGCCUAUUCGGCGCUGAGUGCGUCAAAGGGAAGGAAGGGGUUUCCUGCGAAGGCGUCCCAGGGAAAGGCACCGGCGUGGCAAGUGGCGGGCGGCGAGCUCAAGGGAGUUCCCGUUCUUUGGUUCCUAUCUUGUGUGGACUAGAAGCACUGUUGUUCCAUUGAGUGGUGAUACCUUGCACUUCUCCAAAGAUGGCAUGUUGUCAGCUGCAAGUUGUAAGUAGUAAGACUUAGAAUCAGUUUGGUUCUCCUUGGCGCUCUCUUAAUGUGGUGACUGGACAUUUGGCUUUACUAUGAGAUAUCUCUUCAGAAACCACUUGAUAUACUUGACUAAUAACCCCUCUUAUAAAUGUACUUGGUUACUACUAUGCCAAAUAUUAUAUUGAUAUCAUGUGGCCAUUUGUACAUGACAUCCUGAGAUUCAACAUUAUAUGAUCACAUCCUGCUAUUG